GCUGCGGCCGCUCGGUGCCGGCCCCGCAGCUGGCGCCGCCCGCAGCCUCCCGCCGGCUUCUGCCUAUUUUAGUCACGGCGGCGACGGAGGGGGGGGACGCGGUGCCGGCCGGAGGCGAGGUGCGGCAGCCUGAGCCCGUCCCCGUCCCGUCCGGGCGCGGCGGCGGCGUCCCCCGAGCGGCCGGGAAACUUUUCCGGGGUCGCGGGGCAGAUCAGAUGAGACUACAGAAGACAUGGCCAAAGUCAAGACAGUGCAUGAACGGAUGAGAAACAGCAUUGCCUUCUGAGAACAUUAGGCUCCUAGUUGCUGGAAAUCCUAGGUGCAGCUUUACAACAAAAGAGGCCCUGAUGGUGUGUGAUCAUUGAGCAGAGUUUGCAAGAAUGGAAAAGCAAAGGACCCCACUAGCUGUAUUGCAUAAAUAAAAAUUUCCAAGAUUCAGCCGAAUCAAGAAAUUAUCCCAGCCAUGGGAGAAAAUGCAAGUUUUUGGGAAAGCUUGAUAUACGCACAUCCUACCUGCACCACCUGGAAGCAAGAGGCAGAGGGAUCUAUCUACCACCUAGCCAGUAUUCUCUUUGUUGUUGGCUUCAUGGGUGGAAGUGGAUUCUUUGGGCUUCUCUAUGUCUUCAGCUUGCUUGGAUUGGGCUUUCUCUGCUCUUCUGUUUGGGCUUGGCUGGAUGUCUGUGCUGCUGAUAUAUUCUCCUGGAAUUUUAUACUGUUCGCUAUAUGCUUCGUCCAGUUCAUUUAUGUUACCUACCAAGUUCGGAGUGUUUCCUUUGACAGAGAAUUCCAGGAACUCUACAGCGCUCUCUUCCAGCCUCUGGGAAUUUCCUUGACUGUCUACAGGAAGAUCGUCUUGUGCUGUGAUGCAGAAGUGGUUACCCUGGAGAAGGAACACUGUUACGCCAUGCAGGGCAAAACGCCUAUUGAUAAACUGUCCUUGCUUGUGUCAGGCAGGAUCAGAGUGACAGUUGAUGGGGAGUUUCUGCAUUAUAUUUUUCCUCUUCAAUUUCUGGAUUCUCCUGAAUGGGAUUCACUGAGGCCAACAGAAGAGGGAAUUUUCCAGGUUACACUUACAGCAGAGACAGAUUGUCGGUACGUGGCCUGGAGGAGAAAGAAGCUGUAUCUGCUGUUUGCCAAGCACCGUUUCAUCUCCCGCCUGUUCUCAAUUUUAAUUGGGAGCGACAUUGCUGAGAAACUCUAUGCCUUGAACGACAGGGUGCACGUGGGGAAGGGCUUUAGGUACGACAUUCGGUUACCAAACUUCUACCACGUCUCGCUGCCAGAGACUCCUCCGGUGCAGCCCUCCCACCGCCUCCAGAGAGGGUCCCCCCGGCGCAAGCCCACGGGGGUUACAAACUGCAGCUCCUUCAGCACACACUCCUAGGAAGGACAGCCCCGCCGCAGCCAUUCCCCACAGCCAUGAAGGGGAGUGCAAAGCGACUGUCCUGGUUUGAAGCAGAAGAGCGGCAAGAUGAAGCCGAAUGAGACCCAGUCAAGCCAAGUUUGACUGACAAGUGCCACUUACUUUCAUUGGAGUAGCUUGAAUUCUUCCUCUCUCUCGAGCCAGCGGGUUGGCCUCUGCAUUUUGACUGUUUGUGCAAUAUGUUUAGUUUCUGUUGAUUCUUUUGUUGAUCUUCAUCCUCCACACUUUUGGAGGCAAACAAAUCAUAACAGGCUGUUUUGUUGUAAUUGUGGUGGCCUCCGUGUUGUGUUGUGUUUUGUUUUGUGUUUUGGUUUUGUUUUUUUUUUAAAAAAAAACAACCCCACGGUAUUUGUAACUAUACUUUCUCAAAGUUAUUUGCCAUAAUGAAGUAUCGUCAGUAUAGUCAAUGAAAACAAGUAAGUUGUCUUCAAAAUACAGCAGCUUGCUUGUAACAUUCAUAUUUAUGCCACAUCAACGUUGUCUCAAUUAACAUGAAGAAUUUGCAGAAGAAGUCUAAGAGACUUGAUUGUAUUUGGUUUGUUUUUAAAGAACUGAAAGAUUUUGAAAUGCCCAGCAAGGUUCUUAAAAAAACAAACAAAAGAAAACAACAAAUUCUGUCCCAUGAGUGAUUGAUUUCUCUCUGGCUGUCCUAAAGAAGUAUUAUGUGAAAACAGACAUAAAUGUAAUUGCUGGCAUUAGAAAAGUAAAGCAGUUGUAACUGCUGCAAAUAUAGCUUAGGGAAAUGAUUGCGUAGUCUUUCUGGUAGAAUGUGAUGCUAUAGGACCUAGGCUUCCACAGUGUCAGUGCCAUUCGUGACAUGUACAAUAAAUACUGUUAAUCAAUCCACCACCAAACCCUUGGAGUUUGUUUUACAGUAUCCUUUUUAGCCAGGUUUGUUGGGAAGAAACUAAUUAAGAAACAGCUGCAGCAAUAAAUACAGUUUUUAAUUGAAACAUUCUUGUUCAGCUUCCAGAGUCACGUCUCUGUGCCUGUGAAACUCUUGAUUUAAAAGGUAUUCUCUCCCUAACUCUGGGGUGUUUCAAUGGUGUAAGGGAGCACCAGCUCGCGCUUUGGUAGAAGAAAGCUGGUUUCGGCCCUUGAGGUCACUGUGCCUUUGGGGAGAAGUGUCUGAAUGUCUUUGCUAACUCACCUUCCUGCUGCUAUGCCUGAUGCCUGCCAGUAAUCAAAAAAAAAAAUAUAUAUAAGAAGCAUUACUUUUUUAUGAGACUGUAUUGCUGCUUGAUAGAUCUGGAGGGAGAUGACAUUUUUAAUAUUUUAAAAUUGCUGGACUGUUUGGUGGGGCAACCACUGUGUGUUUGUGUACGUGCGGGUGUACAUCUGAGUUUAGAUCUUGGGAGUUGUUGCUGGAGGACUAAAAAUAAUGAUACAAUUUCAUGCUUGAAAGAUAAUCAUGCAGGAUGUAUAAGAAAGCUAUUAGAAGUGAUAUGAAAUGCCACCUGUUUGAAGGACCAGUGUAGAACAGAUGACGUUGUACGACUCUUGCUUUUAGCUUUAUGCCUCUUUUUCAUCGAGGAAAAUCUGCCAAACAUAAGUAGCAUAGCAUGAAAUGUGAUA